ACUACCUAACCGCGACUCUUGUCCAAUCUUAAGCCGCCUCUCUAAUACUGCUUAGCCUUACUCCAGCGGGCAGACCAGGAUCCUGUUGACGAGGAAGACUCUUUCCUUGUUGCCGCUCACCUUCCGUCAGCAGGAGCGCACGACAGCGACCACACGGAAGCGUGGCAGUACGGACUACGGAGGGCAGAGCUUCGGGGAUACACCGGAAAUCUGGGAGAAGAAGGCCAUCAUCGCUCGUCUCGGAUAAGCCUGGGUGGGAGAAAACAGCAGCAUGGACUUUAAACUCCAGUUGCUUGAAGCUAUUACAAACAACUUUUCAGAGGGAUAUGAAGAUGUUUACAGGGGGGUGCUUGAUGGGAAAGAUAUUGCUGUGAAGAAGCUUCAUAAAUUACAAAAAAUUGAUGAUAAGCAGUUUCACAGUCGAUACCGUGACCUUGUCGGUGUCUCUCACAAAAAUGUUUUAGGCUUAAUUGGCUACGGCCACGAAUCUCGGAGUAAAUACAUGAAUUCUGAGGGGGAACUUGAUUUUGUCAGCAUAAGCGAUAGAGUUCUCUGCUUCGAAUAUGUGCAAGGCAAGAGCCUUGAUAGACAUAUUGCAGAUGAAUCUUGUGAACUUGAUUGGCCCAUAUGUUACAAAAUCAUUAAAGGGACGUGCGAGGGGUUAAAUCACCUUCACACCAAGCAGGAAAAGCCCAUUUUCCAUCUGGAUUUAAAGCCUUCUAACAUAUUGCUGGAUGAGAGCAUGACGCCCAAAAUUUCAGGUCUUGGUUUGUCCGCACUUGUUUCUUUGACAGAAACGCACAAAACAGAGAUACUCAGAGGCGCAGAAUGGUACAUGCCGCCAGAAUACAGAGAUAGUGGCUUGGUAUCAAACAAGUUUGACGUGUUCAGUUUGGGCAUCAUAAUUAUAAAAACAGUGGCUGGAAAUAUGGGCUACUUCCGCUAUUCUGAAAUGUCUCCCAAAGAUUUUAUUGAGUUUGUAAGUGUAAACUGGAUGAAGAGGUGGCAGGCAAUGCCGGGUUACUAUUCAUCACACGAAGUAGACAUUCUAACAGUGAUUACAUGUAUUGAGACCGCAUUAAGAUGUGUGGAGACCAACCAUGAAAAGAGGCCCUGCAUAGAGGAUAUUGUCCAUGAACUGGACGAACUAGAAGCUGAGAUUAAGAGAAUAAGAUUACUAGCUCCUAAUCCUAUGCAGAUUCUUUUGAGUAAUCAAGGCCCUGGCAUGGAGUUUCCAAAAAUUUCCAGGCUAUGUAUGGCCCAUAACUUGGCCCAAUAUAAGCGCAUCCUGGAUUUUAAAUUCAGUUUGAUUGAAGCUAUUACAAACGGUUUUUCAGAUGAUCAGAAAAUUGGAAGUGAUGGGUAUGGAGAUGUUUACAGGGCAUUGUAUAAUGGGGAAGAGAUUGUUGUGAAGAAGCUUCAUUCCCUGGAGGGACUUGAUGACAAACAAUUUGAGAAUGAAAUGCAUAUCCUUACCGAGAUCCAUCACAAAAAUGUUGGUCGGUUAAUUGGCUACUGCUACGAAACUUGCCUUACAAAUGUUGAGCACAAUGCUGAACGUGUUUCCUCAGUGAAAACAGAGCGAGUUCUCUGCUUUGAAUAUACACAAAGUGGAAGCCUUGAUAAACACAUUGCAGAUGAACCUUGCGGACUUGACUGGUCCACACUUUACAAAAUUAUUAAAGGGACUUGUGAGGGCUUAAAUCACCUUCUCAGUGCACAGCAAAAACCUAUUCUCCAUCUAGACUUGACACCUGCUAACAUUUUUCUGGUUAAUGGCAAGACACCUAAAAUUAUAGGUUUUGGUUUGUGGAGACUUAUUGAUUUGACAAAAAUGCAUCAAACAAAGAUCUUCAAAGAAACACACGGGUACAUGCCACCGGAAUAUGUUGACACUGGCUUUAUAUCAAACAAGUUUGAUGUGUUCAGUUUGGGUGCCAUAAUUAUAAAGCUGAUGGCCGGAAAUAUGGGCUACUCUCGUUGUUUCGAAAUGUCUCCCAAAGAGUUUAUUCAACAUGUUAGUGACAAUUGGACGAAAAGGUUGCAUGCAAUGCCAGGAUAUUCACCAUACGAAAUAGACAUCCUACGAGUGAGUGCAUGUGUUGAGAUUGCAUUAAGAUGUGUGGACGAUGACCGAGAGAAAAGGCCCUGUAUAGAAGACAUUGUCCAUAAACUGGGGGAACUAGAAGCUAGGGUUAAGACAAUAAUGUUACUACCUCAUGAUCAUAGGCGUGGUCUCUUGACUAACUUGGGCCCUGUCCCGUACUUUCCAAAACAUAUCAGGCUAUAUAUGUCCCACAACUUGGCCCAAAAUGGAUCAGUUACAGGGUAUAAAUCUAAUCGGCUUAAGCUUGAUUCUCAGUCAGGCCCCACUAGUACUACUCAUGGACGUAAGUCAGAAGACCCAAGUCUCCAGACGGGAUGCAUUCCACACCAUAUGUCAUUACAGUAUUUGAAAGACAUCACAAACAAUUUCUCUGAUGAUCGAAUAAUUGGUAGAGGUGGCUUUUCUGUGGUAUAUAAGGGAAUACAACCAAGUGGGGAAAUGGUUGCAGUGAAGAAGUUUGUGCAACCAACGAGCUCACAAGAAGAAUUCGAGAACGAGCUUAAACUCCUUAUGGAACUGAAGCACCCAAAUAUAGUGCAACUUGUAGGCUACUGCUAUGAAACGCGAAAACUACAUAUGUUUCAUGAAGGAGAAUACAUUUUUGCUGAGGACACUCAAACUUUGCUCUGUUUAGAAUGUCUGCCUAAUGGAAGUCUUGAGAACUACAUUUCAGAUGCAUCUUCUAGACUUCAUUGGCACACACGCUACAAAAUAAUUGAGGGGAUUUCCUCUGGUCUACAAUACCUUCAUGAGCAAUUUAAAGAUCCCAUUCUUCAUUUGGACCUAAAACCCGCGAACAUAUUGCUUGAUAAAAAUAUGUUACCAAAAAUUACAGACUUUGGUCUGUCAAGACUGUUUGAUCAAAGCCAAUCUAUUCAUACUGCACGUACUUGUGGAACACUAGGUUACAUGCCACGAGAAUUUCUUCAAGGUAUAAUCACACCUAUGUCAGACAUAUUCAGUUUGGGUGUAAUAAUUUUGGAGGUAAUAACGGGUCACAAGGGGUACCCAGAUGAUAUUAGAACAUCUUCCAAGACCUUCAUCGAGCCCGAACUUAAAAAAUGGAGAAAUGUGCUGCAAAAUAAACCAGGGUAUAGAUCAAUCGAAAAAGAUUGCCAACAAAUAAAAAGAUGCAUCCAGAUAGGCCUAAUCUGCGUGAAUCAUGACCGGACCAAAAGGCCUACAAUGAAGAAAAUUAUCGAUAUGCUUCAAGGCUUGGAAAGUAUGAAUUGGUACAUUAGCAAUGAGCACCUUUAGACAACCAGAGAGCUGUAUAAAUCAAGCAACACUUAACCAGCAGUCUGGUCCAUUCCAGUUAUAAGCCAUGACAUCCAGCCGGAGGUUUAGCUCCGCGAAGGAGGUCGUCACAUAUCCUCUGCUUCUACCGUCUUGCUGUUAUUCGUUCCACAGGGCUUUGGAUCUCCGUUCAUGCUACAUUGCAAUUGGCGCUUAUGUUUGACAGCCGCUAUCCAAGCUAUCAAUUUGUUCUAGCUGGUGCAUAUCACAUAUCUGAAAUUUGCUAGUUCCUGGAGGCAUAUGCAGUACUACCUACGGACAUGGUUGCCACAAAAGGAUGAAAGGCAUCAAAAUCUUUGGGAGCUGGUGUAACUCAAUUAUCAGCACCUGUUAAUUAGGAUGAGAGUUGGAACAAGAAAUCAGUAGACAGGGGAACAAGAAAUCUGUUGCCGGUGUUGUACAUAAUACCAGUUAAUCCAAUACCUUUGGACUUUGGUAUAUGCAUAGUAUGUAAGUAACAAACAUUUUAUUUAGCUAGAAGUAAUCGCUGCACCGAAUCAAAACCCCCAUCUGCUACGUCACCUAGAUGUUCUAGCCCAUCAGAACUGAACCUGGGUCGUCGUCGCCGUCGUGUGGGUGCAGGUGUUGUUGUGCGUGAUCAUGGCAGAUUUUAUUCUUGGACGGGCUGUCGCUGCUCGCUAAUCUUUUGAGAACGUCUGUAACACUGAACAUGUUAAGCCUGGGCGAUCUGGCAUAUGCUGUACUUUUUGCGAAAGAUAUUCUUUGGUUAAC